AUGGGGGUCCCUUCUUUAGUCACUAUAGACUCCUCGGAACCUCUGGAGAAGAUGUACGAGAUUGUUGCUCGUGAUGGGGGAGUAAUCGUAUCCAAUUUCCUCACCCAGGAGCUGCUGAAGGAAGCCAUGGACGGAAUCAACCGCGAAUUUGCUGCGCGCAAGAAGAUUUUUGAAGGGAACACAUCGCACAGCGAGCUGGGUGCUGAUUUCUUCCCCGAGGGCACACAACGUGUCUACGGUCUCCUAGGAAAGAUGCCCAUGUUCAUCAGCGGAGUCUUGCGCCUCAAGGUAUGGCAAGGCAUCAUGGAUAAGUUCUUGAGCGAUGAACGGAGCACGAUUACAGGAGACAAGUACCUCCCACUCAAGAGCGGUUACAUGCUUGCCACAACUGCUGGCCUCCGCUUAGAGCCUGGAGCCAAGCCUCAGCCUCUUCAUCGCGAUGAAAUCAAGUUUCAGAGCAACCCCGACCCCAACAACCCUCUCUUUACCCCCAUGAUCGGAUGUCUCAUUGCUGGCUCUCGAUGUACAAAGAAGAACGGGGCCACUCUAGUUAUCCCUGGAAGCCACCUUUGGCCAAGUGACCGUUUCCCUAAGAUGGAAGAAGUUACAUAUGCUGAGAUGGAGCCAGGAUCAGCCCUUUUCACCCUAGGAUCGACAUACCAUGCAGCUGGCGAGAACAAGUGCGAACAUGGUGAGGUUGAUUCAGUCCGCACACUAUUUGCUUGCUUCGGUCAAAGAGACUACUUCCGCCAGGAUCAAGACGAAGUUCACUCCACCCCAAUCUCUGUUAUGCGCUCGCUUCCUGACGAUAUUCUCCGUCUUGCUGGUUUCUACAAGUCCGUUGGAGGUGUAGGAUAUGUUGCUGAUCAUCAAGAUCCUGCCGAAUUCUUGCACGUUGAUGAGUACGGGUCCGGAAGAAUGGGUACCAAGACACAGCAGGCUACGACCACAAUUUGA